UUUGCAGGUGUAUCAAACGCAGUUGCAAGAGAAUGUUGUCGUGACAUAGAUUGCGCAUUCAAGUGUAAAGAUCGCGGCAUUUGUGACUUAAAAACUGGCAAAUGUAUUUGCUUGCCCGCCUCAGAGCUAGCCUCUAACGUUGUACCGAUUAUAGAUGCUAAAUGCAAAAACGACGCUGACUGCGCCAAGGUUUGUCCACCAGGUUGCAAAAUCCAUAACUGUCUCGGUGGCACUUGUUUCUGCGAGUGUAGUGCCUGAAAACAUACUGUUUUCAUUCUAUCAGAGGUGUCUCAGUCUGAGAACUCAAAUUUAGGCCUUUCAAUAAUUUUAUCACUUAUAGUAUAG